GGGUACUGGAAUCGUUUCCGCUCUCCACAAGAUCCAUCGCGGGGUCGGACAUGUGAGGCUCAAUAGGACGGGGUAAAAGCGGGGGUGCAGGUUGCUGAGAGUGGGCCUUCCCAAUGGUCUGCAUAUUUGCGCCUCGUGUCGAGGUACAGCCGCGGCACAUCUGUUUCCGCUCUUGCAGCGGGUACCAACUUUCCCUCACGCUCUGCCCCAGCCAUUUCAUACAUGCAGCAUGAGGAAGAUUGAGGCUGCUCGUUUCGCGCUCCAAUCAGCGACCCAGCAUCUCCGUGUCUGAUCCGACAUUUGGUCCGCUAUCAUGUCAUCAUGUAAAGUUUCAGUUCCGAGCCCUCUCGGAAUCGUGAAUCACAAGCACCAAGUCACCAUACGUUCUUGCGAUCAACUUGUCCACACUGUUGUUGACUCCCCUGCUCUCAUAUAAACAUAUCCAACUUGGUCAUCAUGACUGUCAGCAAAGAAAACCGUACACUGGCCAUCCUUAAUGCCGCCGAGGCAGGCAACUACGGCGUCAUGGCCGCCAUUGCAUACAAUUUGGAACAGUUGACUGCACUGGUGCGCGCAGCCGAAGCCAAACGAUCUCCUCUCAUAAUUCAACUUUUCCCAUCGACACUCAAGCAACUACCUUGGCUCGCUCACGCUGCCGCACAUGCCGUCAAAACAGCCACAGUACCACUUUCUCUCCACAUUGAUCACGCGCAAGAUGUCGGGCACAUUCAGAACAUUAUUGAAACUCUGCCUGUAGACUCUGUCAUGGUGGAUAUGUCGCAUUAUGACGAGGCUGAGAACCUGGAAAAGACCAGGAUACUCACCAAGGCGUGUCACGACAAGGGGAUUGCUGUUGAAGCUGAGAGUGGAAGAAUCGAAGGCGGCGAGGAUGGCAUUGCUGAUACAGGGGAUCUUCAGGCCCUCUUCACAUCCCCCGAAGACGUCGAUAACUUUAUUAACGCCGGUAUCGACAUCCUAGCCCCUUCCAUUGGUAACAUACACGGCGAUUACGGUCCCGCUGGUCCUAAAGAAGGCCAAUUGCACUACGAUCGCCUAGAAUCAAUCAACAAACAGGUCAACAAGCGCGUACGCAUCGCCCUACACGGAACCAACGAUUUUCCCCCCGAGGUCAUGCAGCGCUGCAUACGAUCCGGCGCCAUCAAGCUCAACGUAAACAAACUAUUACUCGAAGCCGGUAACGAGGUUCUGCGGAAGAAUGCAUCGACAACCUUGCUGGCAAAGUUGAUCGAUAUGCAAAUGGAGGCGAUACAGAAGGAGACGGAGAGGUGGAUGGAUAUUUGUGGAAGUAGUGGGAAAGCUUAGAGGAUGUAGAUGUUGGGUCGGGGUAGGAUGGAGAAUACGUACCCUAUAUUAUCAUGUUCAUCCAGCCACUUGGGGUG